GAACCCGCUGUCGUGGCGCAAGAUGGCGGCGGUGUUGGAGGUGGAAGUUGGAGGAGCCGGGGCGAGGGAGGUAGAGGAGCAGGUGGAUCUCUCGGACCUGGCCCCAGAGGAAAGAUGGCGGGUAGAACAUGCGCGGAUGCACGCCAAGCACAGAGGCCACGAAGCGAUGCACGCCGAGAUGGUUCUCAUCCUCAUCGCCACGCUGGUGGUCGCUCAGCUGCUGCUUGUUCAGUGGAAGCAAAGACACUCGCGCUCCUACAAUAUGGUGACCCUGUUCCAGAUGUGGAUCGUACCCGUCUACUUCACAGUGAAGCUCCACUGGUGGAGGUUCCUCGGCAUCUGGGUUCUCUUCUCCAUCAUCACCGCCUUCAUCACGUACAGAGCGACCCGUAAGCCCUUGGAACAGACUACCCCCAGGCUGGUUUAUAAAUGGUUCCUGCUGCUGUACAAGCUGAGCUACGCCACCGGGAUCGUGGGGUAUAUAGCAGUGAUGUUCACGCUGUUUAGUCUCAAUUUUGUAUUUAGAAUAAAGCCAGAAGACGCCAUGGACUUCGGGAUAUCCCUGCUCUUCUAUGGCCUUUACUACGGGGUGCUCGGAAGGGAUUUUGCCGAGAUGUGCGCGGAUUACAUGGCUUCAACCAUUGGGUUCUACAGUGCAUCAGGAAUGCCCACCAAACACCUUUCGGACAGCAUGUGCGCCGUUUGCGGCCAGCAGAUCUUCGUCGAUGUCAAUGAAGAGGGUAUCAUCGAGAACACGUUUAGACUGUCCUGCAACCAUGUUUUCCACGAGUUCUGCAUCCGCGGCUGGUGCAUCGUGGGGAAGAAGCAGACGUGUCCGUACUGCAAAGAGAAGGUGGAUCUGAAGAGGAUGUUCAGUAACCCAUGGGAGAGACCCCACGUUAUGUACGGGCAGCUCUUGGACUGGUUACGGUACCUCGUUGCCUGGCAGCCGGUCAUCAUCGGACUGGUACAAGGUAUCAACUAUUGCCUCGGACUGGAAUAAUAAAAAAAAAACAAAAAACGCUUCCCGACCCCGAAGAAAUCCAGGAGUUCCUACAUCAGCAACCAGAGGACACGGCAGCUCGGCCCAGCGGCCAUUUUCUGGUGUUUUUUUUUUUUUUGUAUUUUAUAUGCCACUCGCUUCUGGAUUUUUAGCCGCCUGGAACGCGGCGCCGUGGCUGCUGCGUAGGUUCUUCCGCAGUGUUAGCGUUCUGCCCGCGCCGGAGGGGCUUGUUGUAUUACUUAUUUAUUACAACAUUGUGUCUAUAAAUAUUUUUACUUGGCACUACAGGAUCCUAUAA